AUAAGGUGCUGAGCUGUGCUGGGAGAGGCUGUGGGUCAGAAGGGGACUCACUGUGAUGACAGGUGUGUGACAGCUGGGCAGGGACAGGAGGGAAUGAGAAGUGCUGAGGGAGGCCGUGAAACCUCCAGCAAAGAUGUUACGGGAGAGGACUUCAAAUUUCUCUACGUGAGCAGCACUAAAACCUCAUUUUCAGGGGCUGUGAAACCAGAGCAUCUCAGGGCCUCGAGUAGGCCCCAACAGCAGCGCAAGGUUUCUAUGGACAGCUCUUGCAAGAACAGCUGAGGAAGGGAGAAGUACUAAUGUUUCCAUGACACUGCAAAGAGGGGAGGGGGAAGUGGUUCAAAUCUGAGUGAUCAUAGCCACACAGAGGAGGUAUUUCCCCCAUGAGUGAUUGGCUGCCUGGAGGGUCACGCUGAAAACACCAUGGCUUUUUAAACAGUAGCUGCCCAGCCCAGCAGCUGCGGGAUGACACAAGGACUUGAGCUGCACCCUGUGUCACACAGUCCAGGGGACAACACUGCCAGGCACAGGCGCUGAAAUUCCCAGGAACGCAAAAAAAGGUCUGCAUCACCCACUAUGAGACCCUCAACCACACCAAUCCUCCUUCCAACCACAGCCAUCCCGGCUCCUGGGACCAACCAGAGCGGGGCUGUGGGACAACCAGAGGCAUCCUACACUGUCCUCAAGUUCAUGGAGAGCUUCUGCCUGCUGAGUGCUGCCUGUGGGAUGGUGGGGAACGGCCUGGUGCUGUGGUACCUGGGCUUCCGCAUCCGCAGGAACCACUUCACUGUCUACAUCCUGAACCUGGCGGCCGCCGACUUCGGGUACCUGCUGUGCAUCGCCGUGGAGACCGUGCAGUACCUGAUGCAGUUCAACGUGGGGGUGCAGUUUGGGAUAUUCCUCUUCCUGGAUCUCUUCAUGUACGGCACGGGCCUGUACCUGCUGACUGCCAUCAGCAUUGAGCGCUGCCUGUCCGUGCUGUCGCCCAUCUGGUGCCGGACACACCGCCCGAAGCAGCUCUCUGCCGUGGUGUCCGGCCUGCUCUGGGCGCUGUCCCUGCUCCUCAACACUCUGGGAUAUGUUCUGUGCACCGUUCGUCCCUCUCCCGGGGUCUGCCGGCACCUGCUCAUCGCCAUCGGAGCCUUGGAUUUCCUCGUCUGCACGCCCCUCAUGCUGCUCUUCAGCCUCACCCUCUUCCUGCGCGUCAAGUGCAGCUCCCAGACCUUCCAAACGGGCCGGCUCUUCAUCGUCAUCAUGCUCACCAUCCUCUUCUUCAUCAUUUUUGCUGUGCCCCUCAGUGUCCUCAUCCUCCUGGACUUCCUGGGCCACAAGUUCCUGUAUUCCCCGGAGAUUGGCUUUGUGCUGUCCUGCGUCAACAGCACCCUGAACCCCAUCAUUUACUUCCUGGUGGGAAGCUACAGGGAUCGCAAAUUCAGGCUCACCCUCAGGCAGGCAUUCCAGAGGGCCUUCCAAGACUCAGAUGACAGAGAUGAGCGGGAAACCCGAGACACAGUAACCAUGUCCUCCUAAAAUCCUGCCUGGAAUGUCCUGGCAGAACUGAAGAACUCCGAGGUACUGGGGAAGGUUCAUCUCACCUGAGCCUCAGUACCCUCUUUGUAGAUAUUUUAGGUCAUUAUUUUAAGUCCCCAUCUGUGGCACAUAAAGCACCUGGACCACAGAAUUUACCUGACCUGUAUUUAGGACACUUUAAAAGUUCCUGUUUCUUUCCAGUGGCUAUUAAAUAAUAUUCAUUUGAUAAGGAUGAAAUGUCUUGGUGUCCAAAUUUCAUCAAAGAAAUCCUGCUCAGGAUAAAUCCUUGUCAUUCAUAAACUCUUAAAUUCUCAGUGUUGCUUUUCACUCAGAUCUCUGAUAAUGAGAUUGGUACCAACAAUCUUCCUGCUGGAAGCAGACAUAAAAUUACUGGAAGGAGAAUCCAUCUGUCCCUCUUAAUUUAGAAUUCCCAUGUCUGAGCACACCCACAGCCUUUUGUGGCUCA